AUGUCACAAAAUAAUGGAAAUCGUCGUGACGAUAAGACUGCCAGUGUACACCAUCAUCAACACUAUCAGAAUCAUUUGCGACAAGAUUUUGAUGACGACUUAGACAUGGAAUCAAGUUCUUCGGGUGGUGUGCGUGCUAAUUCAAGGCCACCGCAAAAGGAUUUUCGUAUUCUACGUUGUUUCUGUGGAUGUUCACAGCUAACGUACGAACAAAUCGAAUCGUAUGCCAUGAUGAACGUAAAAGGUGUCGUGCACAAUGAAGAAAGCAAAAAACUUCUGAAAACGUUCCUACAAAUCGGCCAUCGAAGUGAUAAAUCAAAUGCCUUAAUACUGUUGGAGUGUUAUGAAAAAUGCGAUCAAAUUUUGUCCGAUUUGGAUUCACAUCAAGACCAUUUGGAUGACCUGUUCGAUGUAUGUCCAACAUUUUUAUGGGAGCAAAAAAUAAACGAUGCCUGCGAAGCAGAUACACCGGACGAAGUUAAUCGACAGUUGGAAGAAGUUCUCAACGCUAUGAAGAAGGAAUGUCUCGGCAACAUCGAAAGUGACCACGAUUUCACGCGCUUCCGUCGCGAAUUACUCAGGAAAAUUGGAAAGUGA